GAAUGUCCUGAAAUUUACAUUGAAUUUUAAAUAAAAAAUCUAUCAAAAAUAAAAAUUUUUUUUUCCAAAUAUAUUGGAAAAAAAAACUUUUUUCAUUUAAAUUUCAAUAUAAAUUUACAUACAUACAUAAAUGUAAAUAAGGAGCAAAGGGAAAAAUCUCUACCGCUAUAUCUUGUUCUUCCUUUUUCAAACUACACAAAAAAAUUUUCCGGAAUAAUUAUAGAAACAAAAUGUUAAUCUAUUUUCAAAAAAGUAUUUCAUCAAUUUAUGAUGGUUUUCUUGGACAUGAACUGAGCCUUGUUCAUAGCUUGCAGACAAAAUUUGAACAAUUGGAACCUUUAUUUGAAUUUGUUAGUGAAGAAUUACACCCUGAUGUAAUAGCAACAUAUGUUGUACCAUUACUUGGUCUAUAUAGUAUGGAUGCAAUGGUAAAAUAUUUAUAUGGUAUGGGUGUUAUAAUGUUAUCAACAAGUGUUCUAAAAUGGAUAGUACAUGAGGAUCGACCAUAUUGGUGGUGUCGUGAAAAAGAUUUACCAUCAAUAUCACAACAUCGUUUAACAUGUGAAACAACAUCUGGUAUACCAUCGGGACAUUCUGCUGCUAUUGUUGCUUUAUCAUAUUUAAUAUUGGCAUAUCUUAGUUCAGGUUAUAGAAAUCUUAUAUAUUUUCCAUUGGGUAUAUUAUGUUUAAUAAUGUUCAUGUCCAGAAUAUAUUUUGGUUGUCAUUUUUUACAUCAAUGUAUUAUUGGUGGUAUGAUUGCAUAUGGUGGUAUAAAAUAUAUAUUGGAGCCACAGAUGUGGCAAUUUCUAUUAGAAACUGGUAAAAAAUUUCAUAUUAUAAUUUUAAUUGCUACCGGAUUAUUUACAUUAUGGUCGUAUGUUAUAAUGAUGUAUACAAAUAUUGAUCCACAUUGGUCUGUUAGAAUGGCUUUUAAAUGGUGUCGUGAUCCAAUGUAUUUAAGUCAUACAAGUAGUCCGGUUUAUUCAAUGUUAAAAGAUUUUGGUUAUAUGAUGGGUGUUGCACUAUCAGCACCACUAAUCAAAAGCGCUUCCACAGAGGUAAAUCCCUAUAUGAGUGUUCCAAUAACGCUAUUUAUAUUGAUUGCUAAUACAUUUUUAAAAGUUUAUACUCCUACACAAAGUGGACGUUUUGCAUUUGUUUCGUAUGCAUUCUUCAGAAGUUUAUUCUUUACAUUCAGCUUAUUAACUAUUAUGCCGAAACUAGCAAUGAAAGGUUCAUUGUUAUCAACUAAAAAAGCUCAAUAAAUUUACUAUUUUUAAUUAAUUGUUUUUAUUUAAUUAUUUAUUAGUAAAAUUUUAAAAUUAGUUAAUAAAAUUUUAAAAUUUAAUAAACAAAUUGCAAUUUGCAAAAAAAUAAAACAAAAAAAUUUUUUGAAAUAGGAUUGUAAUUUUUGGUUUGUGUACUAACUAAAAUAAUUUAUAAUACUAUUGAUACUCACCAUGCAACCAAAAAGUUUUUAAUUAUUUCAUUUGUCAAAGUAUCUGUAGUAGUUUUUCAAUUAAUUUUUUUUAUUGUAAAAUUGGUUUAUAAAAUUAAUUUCUAUAAUGUUUUGAGAAAAUUUUGUAAUAUACAAUAUAUGUACACAAAUAAAAUAAUUACAAUACUAAUAAUAAUUAAAGGCUUUUGUGUAGUAUAAGAGUUGCUGCCACACAGAAAUCUGAUUUGAAAACAAUCGGGAAUAGGUAAUGAGAAUAUUGUGUUACAAGAAGCCGCUACGAUAGAAUUUUUUGUUGAUGACAACUAUAAAAACAGAAAAGAAAUUUUAAGACAUGUAAAAUCUGAUUUAACCAUUGUCACUCCACUAUUUAUGGAGGUCAAUUUAAAGAUAACAAAUUUUUUUAAAUCAAUAAUUGCAUUAAAAUUUUUAUUUUUAAUAAAAUAUUAAGUACAAUUUAUUAUUUUGUAUUGAAUACUUCAAAUUUCUAGUAUAUUGAACUCUAUAUUAUGUAAUGCGAGCUU